CGGUUCCGGCAGCACAGGGAUCCCUGUCGAGAUGGAGGAAGAUGCGACCCGAAGCCGGCCGUCGCCUGGAAUGGAGGGUGUAUCCGGAGCUGCGGCCUAGAAGUUUCGGCGUGGAGUUUGCCUCAGACGCAGUGGGCCCUCCCGGGUCUGAGAGGGUCUUCAGGCACAAUGGAGGACAAGCGCAACAUCCAAAUCAUUGAGUGGGAACAUCUGGACAAGAAGAAGUUCUAUGUGUUUGGUGUGGCAAUGACAAUGAUGAUCCGUGUUAGCAUGUACCCAUUCACCCUCAUUCGCACCCGGCUGCAGGUUCAGAAGGGCAAGAGCCUCUACCAUGGGACAUUUGAUGCCUUCAUCAAGAUCCUUCGUGCAGAUGGCGUAACAGGCCUAUAUCGGGGGUUCCUGGUCAACACCUUCACACUUAUCUCCGGCCAAUGCUAUGUCACUACGUAUGAACUCACUCGGAAAUUUGUGUCUGACUAUAGCCAGAGCAACACAGUCAAAUCACUGGUGGCUGGUGGCUCAGCUUCCCUGGUGGCCCAGAGCAUCACUGUGCCCAUCGAUGUGGUCUCCCAGCACCUGAUGAUGCAGCGCAAGGGUGAAAAACUAGGCCGCUUCCAGGUGCGUGGGAACCCAAAGGGACAAGGGGUUAUUGCAUUUGGCCAAACUAAAGACAUCAUCAGGCAGAUCCUGCGGGCUGAUGGGCUUCGAGGCUUCUACCGAGGCUAUGUGGCAUCACUGCUUACCUAUAUCCCAAACAGUGCCGUCUGGUGGCCCUUUUAUCACUUCUAUGCAGAGCAGCUCUCGUACCUGUGUCCUAAGGAGUGCCCUCACAUUGUCUUUCAAGCCGUCUCGGGGCCCAUGGCUGCAGCCACUGCCUCCAUCCUCACCAAUCCCAUGGAUGUCAUCCGAACUCGUGUGCAGGUUGAAGGCAAAAGCUCUAUCAUCUUGACCUUCAGACAGCUGAUGGCAGAAGAGGGGCCUUGGGGCCUCAUGAAAGGUCUAUCGGCACGAAUUAUCUCCGCCACCCCCUCUACCAUUGUAAUUGUUGUGGGCUAUGAGAGCCUCAAGAAACUCAGCCUCCGUCCUGAGUUGGUGGACUCAAGACACUGGUAGCCAGUGGUGGGCAGAGAACCCUGCUGUUUCCCAUACUAAUUUGGGUGAGGGCAGAGCAGGAAAGAUAGCCAUCUCUAAUGCUCCCACCACAUGCCCAGCUCUGCCCCUGGGAUAGGUGGCCUGUCUGGAACAGGGCAGAGAUGUUGGACUGCUCUUGCUGAAGAGGAUCCAUGCCUGGCUCACUUGCCCUCACUAUUUUUAUUUUUCCUGCUAAACUGGACUUCUUCACUCAGCCCCUGUACUGAGUUGUGGCCUGAAGACUCCUCCUCAUCCUUACUCCUACCCUGCAGGCCCAUCUGGCUUCCCUUUCCAUCUCUCCCUGAGGUUCCAGGAAGAGCUGUACAUAGAGUUUGUUUCCCACCACUGGCUCUUCCUAUAGUGCUUGUAGCCCACACUAAGCAGCCACCUAGCUCUCUCCUUCAUCAGGUAUACUUGCUUAUUUUAAUUUGGAACUGAGCUGCUCUCUGGACUACUCCACUUUUCCUUGCCUCUUGGGGGCAAGUUGCCAGGCACUUUUGUGCAGGGGAUAGGAGCAGCAAUGCUUCUGGCUCUGCAGAACACUCUUCCUCUCUUUGGAGGAGUAACUAGGAUGGGAAGAAAUGUUGAUACUUUAUUUUAUGUGUGUGUUUUUUUAAACAUCUGUGAACCAGGCUACUGUCAUAAUCCUGCUAAAGCACCAAUCCUGCUGACAGAGCCCACCCCUUUCUCAGAUAAGUGGGAAAAUGUGUGUAGCUUCUUCCUCAAUCCCAGUUCUUUAUAUCUUCAGCAUCCCUUCAGUGCUCCUUCAGUCCUGGCAACUUUCAGAAAAUAUGAGCUAUUGACUUUCCUUGUCCCAGAUGGCUACUACCAUGGAAGGCAUAGUUCGAAGAUCAAGCUGAGUGGGAUACACUGGACUUGGUACGCUACCCUCAUAAGUGAGGUUGGUUGGUUUGGAAAGCUACAAAGGGUUGUGUGUUCCCUAUCACCUCUCCUCAAUCCAGCUGAGCCAAGACCAGGAGAGGGCAGUAGAGGUUCUCAGCCUUGGGCAGCCAUGACAAACAUGUAUACCCCAGUCACUCAGACUUAAACAGCAACAGAUUUUUGAAUAACAAUGUGAAUCUCUGAGAUACCAGAUUUUUUUUUUCUUCUCCCUGGAUGUGAAGAGUCGUCUCAGUCAUGGUACCUUGUGCUCACAAGACAAAAAAGAACAGUUUGGGAAGUCACCUAAUACCAGGA